AGAGUAAACUAACCACUCACGUGUUUCCAGUGCCAAUCUGACAUGUUUCGCAAGGCGGCGGCGCUUGUGGGAAGGCUCAAUAGCCAUGGCAUGCGGUCUGAAACAGAUGACAUGCGCUGCCUGCGACGUCGUUUUAUGGUGACCGGUGUAACAGGAGGUGUGAGCAUGGUUGAGAAUGGGAUACUUGCAAUCAGUCUCCGGGAACAAUGAGCAAACACCAGCAAUUCACAUUGAUCACUGCGGGCGCAUUGCGCAUUUUUGGAGGGCUCACGUGAAUUCUAUCCAAAAUGGUAUAAAAAGAAAGCUCAAGGUUUACCUUGCCAUCCCUGUGUCCUUUCAUGGACUCGGGAGUGGCCCAUUUUUCCCUUAGCCACCCUCGUAUUGACGCUCUGACAAUGUUUGGUGGAAAUGCAGGAAAUAGGCCACUGCUCAAUCACACUCCAUCCUCAGCACCGAACCCACACAACUCGACAAGUCCUUCCCCCUCAGCAUCUCCGUUGGCGUAUCACAGGAGCAUAUCAAAGUGGUAGCUCCACAUACCGAUUUGGAAAUGUGCACAGCACCCAGUUCAGCGCCCGGGUAUAUAAUUCCGCCAUUGUUUAUUGACAGACUGGCUCGUGACCAGAAACUAGAGCCUGCGCAAAGGGAAAGCCUACAUGAUUUUGUCAAGGAGGAUUGACUAAACCAGACAUGGCCACUCAAUUAUACCUCCUGGCAGCAUUAUUUGGCGAAGCGGCAGAACGGCAUCGACAAGCCAGAGACAGCCCAUUUUCUGGUGAAGAUAUCAGGGCCUUGUUUGCAGACUUGAAGAUAUGCUUAGAGGACAGUUUCUGUUUUACAGCCGAGCAAAAGGCCAAUAUCCAAAUUAUCGCACAAGACAUCAUCUUUCAACCCACCCAAACAAGAUUCAAAUCAAUCAACAUUGAAGUUGAGAAAACAUUACAAACAGAAAAGGAAAACAUGAGGUUGAUGAACGUGUUUGGUAUACCGGCACAAGAACAUCAGCUGGCAGCUCAAAUAAAAGAUGUCUGUUCAAGUGUUCAGAAUAAUUUUAGGCAGGAUAUUCGAGACAAUAUCACUGGGCCAAAAGCUGUUGAAGUCGCCAAAUUCACUUACAGCAUGGCACUGAAAUACAAAAGAGGGGGGAUAGGUGACAAACUAGACACCGCAUAUACAUUCCAUAUUGCGUUACUGGUAUUUGAUUUACAUGAGUUUUAAUUUAUUUUCUGACAGAUAUCACUGCAGAGGCGUUUCGGCUAUGAACACAUGGAGCUCAUCAGUAGCGCAGCAAUAGAGAGUGAGGAAUAUGGAGGCAACUUGGAUGAUGUGAACAAACGAAUGGCCCAGGAAAAAAAGUAAAGGACAAACAGGUGGCCGUGUCACCCAGGGAGAGGAUUUCUGGGGUCAAGUGGACUCGUGGUUUGUGAAGGGGAUGUCAAUUUGAGGGCAAAACCUGAAGGGUGCCGAGUGGAAAGACAUGUGAUGUUGGGAUCACUGAUGUUGUUAAUCAUUGAUAGGGUCAAUCACUGGCCAGAACGUGGCUAUGAUGUG